UGAAUUAUUUCACCUGUGUCCUUGCGGUGAAGCUCCGAACAGGUGCUCAUGUCCGUAGUUCCUGGUAGAUGUCGCUAGUACACUGCGGGUUGCGUCAAAACAAGCAGUUGCAAGUUGCACGAAGAACAGUUCAGCUGGUUGUGUCAGCGCAGUCGCGUAGAAAGGUGGCUUGGAAAAGUUGUACUGCAUUGUUAGGACCUCGGAGGUCGUUUCUCUGUGUUUCCUUUGGUGCUGGUGUUGUGUAAAACCCAAUUACAAAAUCCGUGCGCCGACCAUUCCACCCAUUAUGGAUAGCUAAAACCAUCACCAGUGCAACACCCAACAGCUUCAUGUCUGGCCAUGGAGUAGUGUUGUGACCGUCGAAUAAAUUGCUCAAUCCCAUCGAAUCCGCGGAUUUAGGAUAGCAGUCGAACCGAGGGCUAAACCAUGUCCGGAAGGCAUAUUCCAGCUGAUAAGAUAAACCUGCGGCUGAUCCUCGUCAGCGGGAAGACAAAAGAGUUCCUGUUCAGUCCAAGCGAUUCAGCUGGUGAUAUUGCGCAACACGUCUUCGACAACUGGCCAGAAGAUUGGUGUCAGGAAGCUGUUUCAAAGGCUGAAAUACUCCGACUUAUAUAUCAGGGUCGUUUCCUUCAUAGUAACGUAACAUUAGGAGCUCUAGGACUGCCAUUCGGGAAGACUACAGUAAUGCAUCUUGUUCCCAGAGAAAACUUGCCCGAGCCUAAUUCUCAAGAUCAACGACAAAAGAGCAAAGGCGGCAACAGCAGUUGUUGUUCGGCUUCUUGCUGUAUUUUGUAAAUGUUGUAUUUUUGUGAUACAAAAAUAGUAAAAGAAAUCUCGGAUGUACUUUACCUGUCAUAUCCAUGAUCGAUACAAUAAAAAGUGCAAGGAACUACGUGCAUAACUGCAUAAGCAAUGUUGUGAUAUCAGUGUUAAAUUCGAUACUCAUGUGCCAGACUAGACUGUGUGUUUGUUUUAUCGAUGAAAAUCGUCUCAUCCAUUAUUCAUUGUUAUAAUUUUUAGCGUAUUUAUAUAGUUAUAUUGUUUUAUACUUUAAUGAGGAAAGAUUAUUUUUAUCAUCUCAUCUUUAGACAUUAGCUGAUGCUGUAAAUUAUCAAAUUUUUAACAUGAGCGCCCGUUCUUUUGUAUAAACAUUUCAAGUAGGUCAUUUUUAAUGUACUUUUUGUAUAAAUAUAUGUCGAAAAUGUACAACCGUAUCUGUAUCCUUACACGUUGAUUUCAUCCUACCCUGUCAAAAAGAACGCACUAGUUACUGUUGGUGUCUUUUGUAAAAUAAAACAUUUUAAUUUCAGUAUUAAUUCGGAACUUUUUUAAUUUCAUUUCAUUGGAUAUUUUAUGAUAAAAACAGUAUGUUUUAAAUGGAUAGUUUUAUUUUUAUAUAAUAAUUGAGUUGAUGAUGGUUCAUGUAUAUUAUUAAGAAAUUUAUAGAAUAGAAAAAAAUAUGUGUUUAUAUAUAUUUGAAUCAAAGUAUUACUUAAGUAGAUUUGCAGUUACCUAUUGUAACUAUAUUAUUGAAAGAUGUACAUUUGAACAAAUUUUUGUAGAUCUAAGUCCUUGAGCCCAGUUCAUCCCUCCAUGUGUUCCAUUACUCAUUAUUUAUUUUCAUGUUGAUAUUUUCUCCUCAUCAGUAAUUAAAAAAAAAAUAGAUAAACAGGGUGGUCCAAAUUUAGAAAGUAUGUAGAUGUUUAUAUAAUGUUAUGUAUGUUACAUAAGUACAAAUUGGCCCUGGACCAGCAUCACUUGAGUUGUUGCUUUGAUACACCAUUAGCUUCGUUCCGUUUUUAUUUUGUUGAUGACACCACCAGCCUUUGUGUCACCCAUUAGGUGUAUAUUUAAACAACGAUACUCAUGUUUUACAUUAAUUUCUAUCAAUGUCAUUGUAGAAAAUUUACCAUAAUGUAUGUUUAUAUAAACUUAAAAAGUACCGUUUAUAGUGAGAUGGUGUAUGGAAAGAGAUGAUUAUUGUAAACAGAUAAACUAGUCUCGGAUUGAAUAUAUUUACUCAGAACUCAUGGCGUUAAGACUUUAAUCACAAUUUGUCUAUAUUUUAAUGAAUGUAAAUAUCAUUGUACUAGAUUUAUUAAAUUGUAAUUUUGUUUUUAUAAUACUUGUUCAAUAUAAUUUUGUUUAAAUUAUACAAAUAGAAUAAAGUGAUUUUAA